AUGAUCCAAGAGGCCCCAGAAGGGGAUAAAGAAGUGGACGGUGAGGCCGGAGAAGGGGGCAGCACACACGUUCAAAGUCGACCUGAGAGCAUAGCCCCCGAGGACCUCGGUGCAAAUGAAGAAGUCUCAGAAGAGGCUCUAGAGGGGAGUCCAGAGCCCCCACGUAUCACAAAUGUGAAGACAGAGAAAGGGACAGCCAAAUGGGAUAACCUCUACCUGCCCCCUGCUCCACCUGGGUACCGGCCUUUCUUGGUUCUAGAUGGAGCUACAGUAGAUGGAGCCAAGAAGUCAAAGUCAAGAGCUAGUAGCAGAGGAGAUGGCAGUAGACCUGGUACCAAAUCUAAAUCUCGUAUGUCGGUUACCCCAGGUGAUCUAGUGAGACCAGGGGAUUAUGUUAUAGCUGUCCAUGAUGUCACCAUGCCGCCAUGGCAGGACAAGCCUUUGGAGCCAGCAUACCUACUGGUGAAGGUCAAGAAGAAGAAGAAGCCACCCGUAGGAGACCAGGGGAAGAAAAAGAAGCCCGGCUGGAACACAAAGGAUCAUAUCGCCCAAGCUAUGGCGCGCUCUUAUUCAGAUAUGGCAGACGACGAGGCCCAGCAUCUCGUUUAACUACUUGCUUACUGCGCACUAGUACUCUGCAUGAACAAUAGGUGGCGUUGGUCCUCAUGUUUCAAAUUGUUAUUUUGCGGUAGAACUCAUUGUAACAUUGCCUGCGGUCUUUUGAAGAUGAGAGUUGAAUUUUUUUUAAGAGUUUAAAUGUAUUGCAGAACACAUAUAUUCAUUUGCUUGGGUUCCAGCAGUUUUGAAUAUAGUCUUAGUGCUAUAAAUUUUUUAAUCUCUGUAUAUAAUAAUAUUUAAAUAACGAUAGGCCUAUAUUAUUUAUAUUGAAACAUGUAUAGGCCUUUCACAUGUUAAUCUUUAUUGAUGAAAAACUUUAACUGAGUUGAAAUAGUUUUCUGUAUAUCUGGAUUGCAUGUCUUGAAUAUUUUAUGGCUUUGUAGAUGUGUUAUAUAUAUGUGAACAUUACGCAUGUCAUUUUGUGCAGGCAUAGCUAGAGCUACUACAUAGACCAAGUGCUUUACUGCUUUAUUUUUUAAUAAAUUGACUAAUGUAUAUAUUCAGCAUUAUACUUUCAAUAAUAUUUAUAAUUUAUUUAUAUUUAUUCUCAUCUGAACUGUUCUGCAUAGUAUCAAUAAAC